AUGCUUUUAUUAGGAGAAAUAUCAUCAGCUAAAUCACCCAAAGAGACAAAGGACUUUUUGUCAAAUUUCGGGAAAACUACAGGAUCUUCAAAUCACCAGAGUGAUCAUACUUCUCAAGAAAACAAUCCAAAUGUUGACAAUAAUCCUGGACAUCUAGCAGUCACGGGGAUUCCAGUAUCUAAUAUCCAUGAACAAAGCAAUCCUGUCCAAAAUCGUCCUAGACAUCUAAUAGUCACGGGGAUUCCAGCUUCUAAUGCUAAUAUGCCUGUAAUUCAACAAAGUAAUCAAAAUGUUCAGAAUCUUCCUGGAAAUCGAAUAGUCGCAGGGAUUCCAGUAUCUAAUAUGCCUGGGAUUCAACGAAAUAAUCGUAAUUUCCAGAAUCCUUCUGGAAAUCGUAUACUCACUGGGAUUCCAGUAUCUAAUAUGCCUGGAAUUCAACAAAGUAAUCCAAAUGUCCACAAUCUUCUUGGAAAUCAUAUAGUCACUGGGAUUCCACUAUCUAAUGUGCCUGGAAUUCAACAAAGCAAUCGAAAUUAUCACAAUCUUUCUGGAAAUAGAAUAUUCACUGGGAAUCCAGUAUCUAAUACGCCUGGAGUUCAACAAAGUAAUCAAAAUUUUCCCAAUCUUUCUGGAAAUCGUAUACCUACUGGGAUUCCAGUGUCUAAUAUACCUGGAAUUCAACAAAGCAAUCCUGCCCAAGGUCAUUCGAGACAUCUAACAGCAACUGGGGUUCCAGUAUCUAAUAUGCCUGGAAUUCAACAAAGCAAUCGAAAUUUUCACAAUCUUCCUGGAAAUAGAAUAGUCACUGGGAAUCCAGUAUCUAACAUGCAUGGAAUUCAACAAAGCAAUCAAAAUUUCAACAAUCUUUCAGGAAAUAGAAUAGUUACUGGGAGUCCAGUACCUAAUAUGCCUAGAAUUCAACAAAGCAAUCCAAAUGUCCACAAUCUUCCUGGAAAUAGUAUAGUCACUGGGAUUCCACUAUCUAAUGUGCCUGGAAUUCAACAAAGCAAUCGAAAUUAUCACAAUCUUUCUGGAAAUAGAAUAGUCACUGGGAAUCCAGUAUCUAAUGCGCCUGGAGUUCAACAAAGUAAUCAAAAUUUUCCCAAUCUAUCUGGAAAUCGUAUACCUACUGGGAUUCCAGUGUCUAAUAUACCUGGAAUUCAACAAAGCAAUCCUGCCCAAAAUCAUUCGAGACAUCUAACAGCAACUGGGGUUCCAGUAUCUAAUAUGCCUGCCAUUCAACAAAGCAAUCAAGGUUCCCACAAUCAUCCUAGACAUCUUGUAGUCACUGGUAUUCCAGUAUCUAAUACGCCUGAAAUUCAACAAAGAAAUCAAAAUCCUCCCAAUAAUCACCCAAACACUGGUAUCCAAGAUUUCCAAGGUCAUCGUGGAGCUCCUGGAUCUAACCAUCAAAACUAA